UACAUGCUGCUUAUAGUCUUGUUAAACAUUCAGGUAUAUGAAGCUUAUUCUCACUGUUUACGCGGGUGCAGCUGUGUAGAAGACCGCCACGGAAGGUCGCUAGUAUGUAUGGAGGAGAGUGCGUUUGGGGCCAUACCAGAGAAUCUUCCAGAUGAUAUGACCAAAAUACGAAUAGAAAAAUCUCACUUUACUGAAAUACCCAGAGGGGCAUUCUCCAAAACGCCUGGCUUGGAGAACCUGUGGUUGAACUUCAACGAUAUCAGAGUGAUACAUUCAAAGGGUCUGGAGGGUUUGGGAAACUUGACCGAGCUCCGUCUACUAGGGAACAAGCUGCGUUCAGUACCAUGGACAGCGUUCGAGGACACGCCGACUCUCAAGAUCCUGGACCUGAAGCACAACCAGCUCGACGUCCUGCCGGAGCAUGCGUUGAAGUUUUUGCCAGGUCUGACUUACCUGGAUUUAUCUUUCAAUCGGCUUACGGUCAUAUCGAAGGAGGUCUUCCAGAACUGGCCCCUCUAUCAAAAACUACAGCGAAUGGAGGAGCGGGUGACGACCGCUUUAGAGCCGAACGUCGUCCUGGCGCUGCACGACAACGCAUGGCUCUGCGACUGCCGCCUGAAGGGCUUCGUGGAGUUCAUCAAGUCCCUAAGCCCCCCAAUUAUACUGAUGAACUCCUACUUGACCUGUUCAGGGCCAGUCUUUAGAGAGGGCAAGUUCUUCCAUGAGCUAGAGCUGCAGGCCUGCAUGAAGCCUGCGGUCAGCACCCCUUUCUCAAACAUCAGCCUGACUCAGGGCACGAACCUCACACUGCGCUGCCUCGCUAAGGCCAGGCCAGAACCCGGGGUGUGGUGGACAUAUGGCCUGAAGUUAAUCAAAGGAUUUCAUGAGUCUCAGGAAAGAGGGGAUGAAGACACCAUUAGAUCCAUCCUGGCAAUCCCCUCCCUCUAUGUGGCUGACCGCGGUGUUUACACCUGCACUGCUGUCAACUUUAUUGGAAACUCCUCUGUUAGCGUCUUCCUUGAUGUUCACUCUCCUGGCGCCUCCCAGUCGUCACUCCUUCCUGGCUUCCCGGCUGCACCUGUUGCUGGUAAUGAAAAUGUCUAUAUUGACAUCCGCAUCACUAAACAGACAAUACGUGGUAUUUCCAUUGAGUGGCAUGCCGUUUUGGAUCACCCCUCUGAAGCCUGGUUCGCCAUCCACUUUGGCCGUGCAGACGCCGAUAGAAAAGAAAUUAUUUACAUUGGUCCAGGGAUUCACUCGUACUCUGUCUCAGAUUUGAUGCCUGCUACUAAAUAUGAAAUCUGUGUAACCCUUAAGAACCAGACACCACAUCCAGGCCAGUGCAUUGUGUUUGUAACAGGAAGUGACAUUACAGAGAUGGAACAGAGGGAGAAACUGAUUCAUAUCUUGGUGAUAGUUUUAGCCAUGGUGCUGGCAGUGCCUAUUGGUAUGUAUGCCUGCACCACUGACACUAGGUUUGCUUGUUUGGAGGGUAUCAUGGAGUCCUGGAAGAACUGGCGGCAAGAAGGUAGGCUGUCAGGGAUGGAGAGGCAAGGUACUUUCGACAGCCUGCAGGCGGCCAGUGAUGAGGGCCUGGUUAAUAAAGAUUCUACUGAAAACAGGAAGGUGAGGAGGAGAUCAGAUGACAAACCGCAUAAGGCCAAAACUGACCACAGCAGACUCACAGCUGAACUAUAUUAGACUACUAUUUGUUAAAUCAGCAUGUGAAAGCAUGAGACCAGUGUCUCCCACUGUAUCAGUCCUUUUUGUAAAGUACAAUAGGUGCUGACUUUGAUACUGAGAACUACAAUAUGAAUUAUCA